AUUUGCCCCUGGAAUUCCAAUGCUUGAACCCUCAAACGGAAAAAUGGAGGAAAUUUUUUUAGUAGCUUCAGUCUUCGGACAAUCGUAUUGCCCUAGUAUCAAUCAAGAUUGAUUACUUCGCAUUUUAUCUAGGAAGUGAUAAUCCGAUUGUCGGGCGAUCAUCAGCUCAACGGACGCUGAUUAGUAAAUACGAAUUCCAUUGGCUGUUCUGUUUGAAUUAAUUGAUCAUUAACGACACCCCUUUUGGGUAUUCAUUGAUCUGUUCAGCUGCCGAAGAUUCAGAACUGAGAAAAGGUGUAAUGUCGAGGCUGUGGGCGAGGUUCUCAGGGCUGUUCAGCAGUAGAACGUUGGUUGGAAUGGAUAAAACUGGCAACCGGUACUUCGCAAGAACUGAGGAAAUCGACGGUGUCAUGAAGGAGAAGAGGUGGGUAGUAUUUAAAGGAGAGCAGGAUCCCACGUCGGUUCCUGUUGAAUGGAUAUGUUGGCUGAAUGGACAGCGCAAGAAAGCUCCGACUCCAGAGGAAAUGGCUGAGCUAGAGGCAAGGAGAGAACGUGUUAAACUGAAUGUUGCUCUGCUCAAGAAGGAAGAGGAAGAACGGAAAGCCAAAGAAGGCAAAGCCACAAGCAUUGGUAAAGCUGCUGGCCCUGACUUGAAAAGUUUCAUUCGACAGUUUCCUACUGAUUCAGAAGGUAAUAAAAUUGAGGAAGCAACUGACUCAAAGGAUGUACCAAGUGAUAAGAACUCCAAAGAAUCCCAGAAACCAAAAGAAGUCCCGGAGUACAUCAGAAAACAGCCAGAGUCUUCGGAGCCAACUGGUUCUGGUGAAACCUUCAGACCUGGGACAUGGCAGCCACCAACAUAACCGACGAUCAGCAGUAAAUACUCGCAGACACCAUUUGUUGGCAACUCUUGAUUUUCACAACCAUUACGUCCUUCUCGAACGAUUCCUUCAGCAACAAGAGUCAUUUCCAAAUUUUCUGUGUUCAAGAACUUUGUUCUGUUUCUGAACAUUCAGCAAAUUGGAUACGUCAAUCCUUGUAUGCUAGUCUGUUACCUACUAAAAUAUUGUGGGAGGCUCAAGUACUUGUAAUAACCAAAAGGAAAAGUUUUGGAGUGUUAUUUAUCUAUUUAGGCAAUGUAUGUACUGCACUGAUAGUAAUAAUGGGAGGAGAAAACUAUGAAAAGGUUUCAAAUCA